GCCGUCCCGCCACGCCGCUCCACGCCGGCUCCCUCAUUGGAUCGUCUCACCCAACUUCACGUUCCGCUGCUUCUCCCAGAACCCACGUUACGCAUACGCCACGUUACGUCACUUCGGCUCCCCCCACCGCCACCGCCCCGGGGUCUCCAGUAAGCUGCAGGCUUCCGCCAGCCCCUUCCGCGCGCGAGAUUUCGCGUGGCAGCCACCUGCUGAUGCGCAGGCUCUGCGGACCCAGCUUCUCCCCGCUACCCCUGGUUACUGGAGAGUCCCAACAGUCCAUGAGGACAUGCGCAGAUUAAAACGAGGAACCGAGCAGUUUGAAGACCGAGGAACAGGGCAGCAGACCUCCGAAGACAUCGACGGUACGAUGCCUGAACUAGUGAAGUCUCUGGUCCCGAAGAAGGGCUGCAAGAAGGCGGUGACCAUGGCCCAGGAAAGAGAUGGGAAGAAGCGCAAGUGUAGCCGUAAGGAGAGCUACUCCAUGUACUUGUACAAGGUGCUGAAUCAGGGCCACCCGGACCCCGGCAUCUGGUGCAAGGCCAUGGGCAUCAUGAACUCGUUCGUCAAUGACAUCUUGGAGCGCAUCGCGGGAGUGGGAGAAGCGUCGCGCCUGGCGCGUUACAACAAGCGCUCGACCAUCACUUCCAGAGAAAUCCAGAUGGCCGUACGACUGCUGCUGCCCGGGGAGCUGGCCAAGCACGCUGUGUCCGGCGGCACCAAGGUUGUCACCAAGUAUACCAGCUCCAAGUAAAUGUUUAUAGCCACUUUUCAGAGCCAUUUCACGUUUUCACAAUCAGAGCUGAGCACUAGCUUGUGCGGUUUUGUGAACUCUGGGCUUUAAAUUAGCGUCAAGGGUAACGCUUAGCAAAGUACUUAAAAAGUUAGCGAUCCUCGGGUGGCGAAUCUACUGUAUAUGGUUACUGACAACUGUUCCGCGUACGAGGGUUGCUUCCCAACUGCCAAAGCGAACGUGCACUGAAACCACUUAGUGCUAACCCCAAUCCUUGGACCUCUUGGUCACCUUUAUAAACUUUGUACAGGGUGCUCUCUGGGCUGGAAUCGGCGCUUUGUGACGCUCUGGUCUUGGUUUUAUGUAAAGCGUCAGGCUGUAACGUCCAAGAGACCACAGUUAUGUUUGAAAAUCCCACUGUCUAAAACCAGCACUUUCUUAGUAUAACUUUGCGGGUCUUCCGCCUAGGUUCAUUUGUGUGGAUCUAAUUCUUUUUCCUCACACUCCCUCACCCCCAGCCCUUUGCCUAGGGCUUUCAAGUCCUGGCUGAACAUUUUAUCUAAGAUUCUUUACAAGCAUAUUAUGUUGGGUGGCUGCAGCUCUCCAGGAAGGGGAAAAUAGUUACUAACUUUUUAUUUUGUUUUAUCUCUUUCCUGGUCAUUAGAUUUUUGUUUGAAGAAUGCAGUCUUCUCCCCACUCUCCUGACUCGUUUUACAAACUAGACCUGCAAAAUUCACAGAAUUCUGUAUUCAGCCACCUGUCUUCUCACUAGAGUAGCCACAUAAUAUAAAGAUUGGCUCUGCCGCCUCCAAUCUGUCCUUUUCUGUCCCCGGUGAGCUCCCUUCUGAGCCCAUCGCCCUAUCCUGCCUCCAGAUCUCCUCCCUCUGCUCAGUUCAGAAACUGUGGAGGGAUCCUGGCAAGGAAGAAGAGAGGGACCCAGGGUCGGCUCAGAACGCAGAGAGGAAGAACUGUGGAAGUAGAGAUGCUUUUUAAUGUGAGCUGAACACUGAGGUUUGGAACUCUACGGUUUGUGAUCGCAUAGUGCCCAGGAGAUUAAACCCUGGGAAAUAAAGAGCAGGGCUCUUCCCUCAUUUCUCCGGAAACUGCAAGGUAGAGGUGUCCUUCAGGAAGCCAGGUGAAAAAGGUUCAGUUGAGGGCACUUCACCCAUAAAUGGA